GACAGUUUCCGGUGUGCACUCUUCCGCUGUGUUGUGCGCGUGAGUGAGUGAGUGUCAGAUUCCUGUAACUAUUAGUUAUUGAUUAUUUGAAGAUUAUUAAUCUCUUACACCGCAGCUGAAAGCGUUCAUCCGUAAACAUGAUUAAAGCCAUUCUGAUAUUUAACAAUCAUGGUAAACCACGACUGUCUAAAUUCUACGAGCAUUACACUGAAGACACAGAACAACAAAUAAUAAGAGAAACGUUUCAUCUGGUGUCCAAGCGAGACGAGAACGUUUGUAAUUUCCUGGAAGGGGGGCUGUUAAUCGGCGGGUCGGACAACAAACUGAUCUACAGACAUUACGCCACGCUGUACUUUGUGUUCUGCGUGGAUUCAUCAGAGAGCGAGCUCGGCAUUCUGGAUCUGAUUCAGGUGUUUGUGGAAACGCUGGACAAAUGCUUUGAGAACGUGUGUGAAUUGGACCUGAUUUUUCACAUGGAUAAGGUCCACAAUAUCCUGGCAGAGAUGGUGAUGGGAGGGAUGGUUCUUGAAACCAACAUGAGUGAAAUCAUCACGCAGGUGGAGGCCCAAAACAAGAUGGAGAAAUCAGAGGCUGGUAUCGCGGGGGCUCCGGCGCGCGCCGUGUCGGCCGUCAAGAACAUGAACCUUCCAGAGAUGCCCAAGAACAUAAACAUUGGGGACAUCAGCAUCAAAGUGCCAAACCUGCCAUCGUUUAAAUAGUGCACUACUGUGACUGUGUCUUUACAAUCAAACUGUGUUUACCAGAAUCAAAGCAAAACUCUUUCUACAUGACUGAUAUGAAGAUGUACGAAGUAUUUAUUGACUCCUCUUUGCUGCAGGUCAUGUGUGCGUGUGUGUGUGUGCGUGCGUGUGUGUAUAAUCAUCACAGAUAUGAAGGUUGGGUGAAGUAUUUAUUGUGUGUAUAUUUCACACCUAACAAACAUUCCAGUAUGGAAAAUAUCUAAAUGAUCAUGUCUGCUUAAUGAUAUCGCUUAUAGUCUAUGUAUGUACUAUUCAGAGUAUUUUAUACAUUAUUUCUCUUUUCUUACGCAGUUGGAUUUUAAUUGGUGCAUGUAUUUCCUUUAUGCUACAAAAUAAAGUGGCGGAGUAUUUUUUUCUUUGCAA